UUAGAGGGGCAAAAGAGAAUCUUUGGUGAAACGCAGGAGUGAUUCUCUAAUGCGCGUAAACUUUUCUAGUGUUCGUUUAGAUUUAGCUUCGUCGAGUUCUUAAAUUCUAUCAACAAUCGUCGACUGUAGUGCAAUUAAAUAAUAACGUUCGGUAGUCUCGUUUUGUUGGGGUGAAAAAAUCAAUCAGCUGAUCUGACGUAGCGCUACUCGCAAACGACAGAGACAAAUUCGCGACUUUUUUGCCACCACUUAGAAACGAUUACGUUGCUGAUAUCAUUGUCAAAAGCCAACUACGACUCUGUGACAAACGAAAUAUUUCUACGUCGCAGAAAAUAAAGGGAUACUUGUUUCGAACGGAUUCAAUCCGUCGAGAUGAGCGUGCCUCACAAAUCCUUCAAGGAAAAGCGGACUUUUGCUCAACGUAUCGCCGAUGUGGAAUUAAUACGACAACAGCAUCCCAACAAAAUUCCCAUAAUAGUGGAACGUUAUUACGGAGAGAAACAAUUACCUCUUUUGGAUAAAUCCAAAUUUCUCGUUCCUGAUCACCUGACAGUUGCUGAACUCAUCAAAAUAAUAAGACGCAGAUUACAACUUCACCCUACACAGGCCUUCUUUGUCCUUGUAAAUCAACGGAGUAUGGCCAGUGGAAGUACUACAAUGGCUCAGCUUUAUCAACAAGAAAAAGAUGCUGAUGGCUUCCUUUAUAUGGUAUUUGCCAGCCAGGAAGUCUUUGGUGAAGAUUUUCCAAAUCAACCAUCCUACUUGAGGACCACCCUUAAGUGAAGAGUGGGAGUACCAAACGUUUGGGGUGCAUCUUGAUAAGGAUCUGAAGCUUACCACAAAAUUUCGCUAGUUGGCUGCGUGUUUGUCGAAAGUACCCCGACGUUGAAAUGGCAAAGAUGGAAUAAGCAAAUUAUUUAUAUGACUCAACGAUCAUUGUCAGAUCGAAUUGUAUAAGAAAAAAAAUGGAGAGAGAGAGAGAGAGAGAGAGCUACGCACUCUGGAGACAAUUGAUUGCAGGAUGAAGAAUAAGAUUUGCAACUUCGAGAGUAAAUUUGAAAAUAAAUAAUGCCCGAGUUGAAUAUCGUUAGAUCGUAGAAUAAUUUAGAAAAGACAGUUGGAGGGUGAAAAUUCUUGACCAUCGUACGAUAUAUUAAUACAAGGAACAAUAUCAUUUCGACCGAAAAUUUAAGUAUUCUAAAGGGGAUCGAUGUAAUUUUCGCUCGUACAGGACACGUGUAAUCAGAAAAUUCUUGGCACCAAGACUUUUCGAAUAUAUAAGUUACUGAUGAAACGAUAAAAUGGAAGAGAAUAAUAAAAUAGCAGAAAUCGACGAAUGAACAAGUCGCGUGUCUUCAUGUACAAAUAUUUUUCACUGAAUCACAAAAAUGGGACAAGCUUGCAAUUCAAUGUGGUUGACACGUGCCUUUGCAAGUGAAUUUGCAAAAGCACUUUCGUAUUCGUUUAAACUAAUGUGAACGAUGGGGCUCUUCACUCGAGGAUGUUAUACGACGUGGAUGAAUAUUUAAUAAAAAAAAAAAGCACAUCUGCUUAGCAAAUCAUUUGCGAUAAUAAUCAAUAGUUAAGUGUAACGUAUGUGUAAUCCUCGCCAGUUUAACGAGUUGAUAUAUGUUACGUGAAUAUAUAAUCAUAAUCGCGAUGAAAGUGGAAGAGGUCCAAUUCAUGAAAAUAUUUAAAUAUCUAUCAUGUUUAUGUACAUACUUAUAAUAUCGGCGGAGAAUAUGUGUUUUUUUCAUUAAAAAGAAAAAUUAAAAGUAUGAGUACCUUAUUUUUAAUAUUUCCGAGUGUUUGUACAAAUUUUCAACGAAGAUAAAAUGUAGGAUGAUUUUUUUUCCAUUUCUAAUGAUCUUGCAUAACACGAGAAAAAUGGUGACAUAAUUAAAAACUUAAGACAUUUUAAAAAUCCAAAAUUAUUUCUGUACUGAAAAAAAAAAUUCAACCACAUCGAUUUAUGAAAGAAUACAAGGGACUAGAAAUAUAAAUUCUAUUAAAUUUCCUUGUAUUGAGCUAUACUUGUUUCCGCUCAUAAACCCUAUAGUUUUAUUGCUAGGGAGCCUUUCUUUCGAGGAACAGUAGCAAUUGCGGUGUAUUACGGUAAUAGAAAGUUGAAAUUAUUGUGCUUUUUAUUUGAAGAAAUAAAUAUGAAAAGUCAAUA